CCGUGUACAGUUAGCCUCACAGACGGUUGUAAAGGAAGGAAGGAAGCGGAUACUUUAUAUUUAAGCUAACGAGAAGCAGGGGUGUUGUGGUUCAGCUCGUCCCUAGCGGCCAGGUUUCACUUGUUGGCGGGCGCGUGCUUCUGCGCGCGCUCUCGCGGGCUAUUGUGUGUGAUUUUUUUUAUUAACCGGGGACCACCGUGGCCUUCCUUGCUGGGUAACGGAGCCGGUUAGCUGAACAACAACAACAAGGGGGCUGAAGAACCAUGGCGGACGAACAAGAAAUCAUGUGCAAGUUGGAGAAUAUCCUGGAAAUACGGAAUAAGACGAUCCAGAUGCAGAAGAUCAAGUCUCGUCUGAAGAUGGAGUUUGAGGCUCUGGAAUCUGAAGAGAAACAUCUGAAGGAGUAUAAACAAGAAAUGGAUCUCCUUCUGCAGGAGAAAAUGGCACAUGUGGAGGAGCUGCGCCUCAUCCAUGCAGAUAUUAAUGUCAUGGAGAGCACCAUCAAACAGUCCGAAAACGACCUGAACAAGCUGCUGGAAACGACCCGGCGUCUUCACGACGAGUACAAACCGCUGAAGGAGCACGUCGACGCCCUCAGGAUGACCCUGGGUCUGCACAGACUCCCCAACCUCAACGAGGAGGAGGAGAAGCUCUCCUUGGAUUACUUCGAGAAGCAGAAGGCAGAGUGGCAGAAGGAGCCGCAUGAGCCUGCCAUCCCAGAAUCCCUUGCUGCUGCUGCAGCAGCUGCACAGCAGCUUCAGGUGUCCAGGAAGCAGGACGCCCGGCAGACGGCCACCUUCAGACAGCAGCCUCCACCUAUGAAGGCCUGCCUGUCCUGCCACCAGCAGAUCCAUCGUAACGCUCCCAUCUGUCCGCUAUGCAAGGCCAAGAGCCGCUCCCGCAACCCAAAGAAGCCCAAAAGGAAGCCAGAUGAGUAGAACUCCACACCUUCAGCUUCUGCCGCUUUUAAAGGCAACUACCCCCAACACACUGGUCUGGGGUCAGCCGUGCAAACUCAUGACUGAGAUAAAAGCUCUGUGUGUGGGGAUGUUUUCCACUCUCCACUUCUGUGAACCUAUUUUAGGGAUUGUUUAGGAACAACUGAUUAUGAAUAUAGUGAUGUCAUUUUGUUGUCUGUGUUUAUAUGCAACCAUAUAGUAGUUUACUCAGUGUCAAUGCAAUAAUGCAGAAGUGAACUUGUCUAAAUACUAUUGCCCCCCCCCCCCUGUUGUUUGUUUCCCAAGAUAUCUGCGUGUACUCCCGCCUUCUGCAGUGCAUGCCUGCUGCCAUGGCUGUUGUGUAUUUUUGUGCCAGUAUAAAGUCAAAUUGUUUUAAUUGCCAAGUUAACUACAAAGUUGUUUUAUGUUUACAGUGUGACCGCCCCGACUGGGAAGAGGGCCAGGAGCAUUUGCUUUGGAACGUGUUGUUGUGUCUUUAACUUUAAUACGGCAAAAAGAAAAUAAAUCAAUGUUUUGUACUAA